AAACUAAAUCAAAUCAGAUCAUUGUUCGAUCCACAACUUCAUUAUUAAAAACAACAAAAAAAAUCAAAAUAAGUCACCAAAAUCGUAUUUAAGCGAAUUUAAAAUCCUCUCCUCUCUAAGUCCAACCAACCUAAUUUCUCUUAUUUUUCUUCCAACUCCCGCGCGACUCCUUCUUCCUCAUCCUCAGGAAUUUGAAUCUCUCAAGUUGUUGAAGAAAGAUGGGUGAGAGGAAGGUUUUGAACAAGUAUUACCCACCCGAUUUCGAUCCUGCCAAGCUUCCUAGAGUAAGAAGGCCCAAAAAUCAACAAAUGAACAUCCGCAUGAUGCUUCCCAUGAGCAUUCGAUGCAACACUUGCGGUAAUUAUAUUUACAAAGGAACCAAGUUCAACUCUAGAAAAGAGGAUGUUAUCGGCGAGAAAUAUCUGGGAAUUCAAAUUUUCAGAUUUUAUUUUAAAUGUACCCGGUGCUCGGCUGAACUUACCAUGAAGACUGAUCCGCAGAAUUCAGAUUAUGUUGUUGAGUCUGGUGCUUCCAGAAAUUUUGAACCUUGGCGUGCAGAGGAUGAGGAAACUGAUGAAAUGAAAAAGAAGAGGGAAGCUGAAGAAAUGGGAGAUGCAAUGAAGUCCUUAGAGAAUAGAACCCUGGAUUCUAAAAGAGAGAUGGAUAUCCUUGCUGCACUGGAUGAGAUGAAGUCAAUGAAGUCUAGGCAUGCAACUGUCAGUGUUGAUGAAAUGCUUGCUGCCUUGCAACGUACAGCAGAAGACAAGGAGAAAAGACUCGAAGAAGAAGAUGAAGCCCUGAUAAAAUCAAUUUUUUCUAAUAAUCCAGAAGUUUCUAUCAGCAGAAUUCGUGAUGAAGAUAUUGAAACUGAGGAGGAGUUGCUUCAGCUUUCAAAUGGACAUGGUGAAACAUCCAAUCAUAAUGCAAAGAGGCAAAAACUUUCCGAAGACCUUCCAGGAAAAGCAACUGACACUCUGACAAAAGUUAGUUUGGAUGAUUCUGACAAACAAGAAAAAUCGAGCAGUAGUCGUCCAAAGUUUAAUCCUUUGGUGAAGAUUUCUGUUAUUAAGAAACCAGGGACCUCUAAUGUUAAAAGUCCUACAGAAGCCAAACAAAAGGAAAAAGAGGAAGAUAAUACAACAAAUACUACUGGUGGACUACUAUCUUUGUGCCAAAACUACGGAAGUGAUGAUGAUUAGUUGUCAUAAAUUUUUCGAAGACUAAGUACUCAACAGUUGCUUCCAAUAGAUUGUAUAUUGUAUUGUGAUUUAGAAUAUAAAUUCUUCAAUUUCAAGUUCUUGCAGAAUUUCCUGUUAUUGUUUAAGACCAAUAUAGAAAGGGAAGAAAAGAAGCACAACUGUCAACUUAGAAAGCUUGGUUUGGAAUUUUAUUUAUUUAUUUGUAUUUUUUUUUUUAUGUUU